AUGUACAACUUGAAGGAUGAAAUAAUUCCUGAAACAAAGAUCCCACUUACCUUCAAAUGGUCAGGACGCGAAUAUAAGGUAGAUCUCCUUGGAUCAGAUAGAGUGUACGACCUCAAGACUUCGCUGAUGAGCUUGACAAAGGUUCCGCCAGAGAGGCAGAAAAUUCUAGGUCUAGUGAAAGGAAAACUACCCCCAGAUCAAGAGAAAAUUGCAGAUCUACGAAUCACAGGGAAAUCAUUCACACUUGUAGGAACCCCUGAAGGCGACGAGAUCAAAGACCCUUCAAAGUUGGAAUUCCUUCCUGAUGUUGUCAAUGACCUUGAUGUAGACUUCACUGACAACCCUGCUGCCGCUGCGGUAUAUAAAAAUGACCAGCGAAACAUUCGCAAAGUCAAAGAGGCAACCGAGAAACUUCAUAUUAACAUCAUUCAUCCUCUGCGAGAUGGAAAGCGUUUACUCGUGCUGGACAUUGAUUACACUAUUUUGGAUACCAAACCACUAACGUCUGGCUCAUUGCCACCUGCGGAAUGUGCGAGGCCUGGCCUCCAUGAAUUUCUAGAGGCCAUAUACCCUUACUACGACAUCUGUAUCUGGUCUCAAACUAGCUGGAUAUGGCUUGAGGCGAAGCUCGUAGAACUUGGCAUGGUUGGAUCUACUAGGAAUUAUCAGGUUUUAUUUUUACGGCUGACAUCAACUCCAGAUUUCAUUUGGUACGACUUCCUCGACAAAACUUGCAUGUUCACUGUCUUUACAGAACGAAAUGGUCAACCAUAUGCACACCAUGUCAAGGCACUGCAAAUUAUCUGGAAUCACUUUUCCCAGUUUUCAGCGAAGAACACUAUUCACGUGGAUGACCUGAGCCGGAAUUUUGCAUUGAAUCCCAACGAAGGACUAAAAAUCCAUGCCUUCAAGAAUGCUCACACAGAGCAGGCUCAAGCUGACCGGGAGCUUCAUAAAUUAGCCCGGUAUAUGGUACAUAUUGCCGCUAUAGAAGAUUUCCGGACGUUGCGUCAUAAGGCAUUCAACAUUUUCAAAGACCUGGAAGCAUGA